GACGUCGGCAAGGUGACACCCACCUCUCUUCCUGCUACUCCGGUGUAGUGGGUGAAACGCGGCUCCAUGUCAGAAACUUUUGCUUGUUUUUGGUUAUUUUUGCGUGAGACGACAAUGAAGAUGUCUUCCUCGCGGGUGGGACUUUAAACUUUUGUCAGCGCGUGAAGCCCGGAGGACUCAAAUAGAGUUUCCAACAUCUAUCGGAUAACAAAGGGGAUAGUAUCAGCCCUCGGUCCGCGAUGUCCUCCAAAGGUAAAAAUGAGUUGUGCCGAAUAUGUGGCGGGGCUCUGCAGGGAAACCAGAGGCGGUGGCUGUUUGGGGGCCAAAAUAAGAAGACGGGACAGCCUCAGACUCCGACAGGCUCCUUGAGAGGAGGAAGCCUGUCCCGGUCCUCGCAGAGCAGCCCCUGGGGCAGCACGUUAUCUCUGGGCUCCUCAGGGUCUCUCUCCAGGUCCCAGUUAUCCCUCAGCUCCCCGUCCAAAGGGAUGGAUGUGCUCUCGGUGUUGACUCACAUACUGGGGCAGUCUGUACCACGAGGCGGCGGGCAGGGGGAGUUUGUCUGUGGCAAAUGCGUGUGUGUCCUCGAGCGGGUUUUCAAGUUCGACUCGGUGAUCUCCAGGGUGAAGGUGCUUUCGUCGGAGAGGCUUCAGAAGCUGAUGCAGGAGAGGGACAAGAUCAGACAGUGGGUGCGCCAAAACUACCACCAGAGACACCCGCGGGACUCCCAGGGGAGGGGCAGCACCAGCGAGGAGGACGGCGAGGCGGAGAAGGAAGGCUACAGGGAGAUGCUCAAAGAAAAUAUGGCACUGUCGGAGUACGAGUGCUGGUCCGAAAAGUGGGACACGUGUCCGUAUUUUGUAAGAACGGGUAAAAGAUGCAGAAAGGGCAAAGGAUGUGAAGGCUGUGAUUCUCUACGGGUGUCCGACUCAGAUUACGAGUCUGUGUGUGGGGUUCCUCGCUGCCUGCCUUUCCAACCCUUCUCCCCAUUGGCGCUGUCGCGGGACAAGUCCCAGAGCAUGCCCCUCCACUGGCAGAGGGUGUCAUCCUGCAGCUCCAUCCCAUCCUCACUGGCAGGGUCCACUCUCUCCUUACAAACGUCCUCCCGCACAGAGUCCAUUCAGUCCCUCGACUCCCUUGAUGGCAACGACCCGUUCGACCCUCCGGAUGCUCAGUCGGCCAACUUUGUGCUGAAGGAGCUGAGAAGUAUUGAAGGGAAGCCUGUCAGUUCGCCAUCAGGGAGUAGGAUCCCAGUUCUGGGCAGGAAGGAGGGGAGGUACUCGGGAAAAGUUGGAGAGAUGGUGUCACCCUCUGUGAACAGGGUGCUGAACUUUGGGAGUGUGGGGAACGGAGCGGAGGAAAUGGAUGAAGAGGAUGGAGAUGUCCUGUCAGAGCUGAGGGACGAGUUCAUGCCUCUUCAUCGAGAGAGCACAAGUGAUAAGGUUCACCACGCUGUCAGGCACCUGCGAGGCCAGCUGGACCAAGCUGUGUCCCGCAUCAGGACCCUGGAGGCCGAGCUGAAACACGGGAAGAGCAAACCAACUGAAGCCAACGGAUCAGAGGACUGGGUGCCUUUGCUCCAGGAGGAGGGUGGCAGCUCCCUGCUGCAGAGCCUCGGUCACUCUCUGCAAAGCCGGGAGCGUCUGAUCCAGGAGUGUAUGGGUCUGAUGAGAAGGCUGUGUGUGGAGGGGGGAGCUGGGACCGAGCUGGCCGACAGGCUGACUGAGAAACUGACUGAGACUCUGAAAGACACUCUCUCCGUCAACAAGGCUGCCCUGCAGACUUUGAGGUCUGAAGCGAUGGAGAAGGAGAAGAGCAUGGAGACAGAGAUCGAGGCCCUGAGGAAGGCUGGAAGAGACCGAGAGAGAGACCUCGACACACUCAACAGUGUGCUGCAGUGCAACCAGGAUAUUAUCAACGAACUGCGAGUGGCUCUGGGGGAGAAGGAUCGGCUGCUGAAGGAGGUGGAGAAAGAGAGGGAGGUGUGGAGACAGAGGGACCGGGCCCUGGCUACUGUCCUGCAGGAGAAGGAGGCUCUGAUCCAGGAGCUGGAGAGCUGUCAGAAAGACGUGCAGGGGUCGGCAGCAGAUGGAGAGGGAAACAGCGCCACCUUGUGCAACGAGGUCACCAAACUAACUACAGCCCUGCAGGAGUACCAGGACAUGGUGCAGAAUCAGCAGAAGAGUUACAGUCAGACGGUGUCCUCUCUGACAGAUCAACUCAAAAACACCCAGCAGGAGCUGAGGGAGAAGGAGAAGGAGAAAAAGGAGGCGGAUAGAGCCUGGCACAACAGCAGAGAGGACAGAGAGAGAGAGGAAAGGAAACUGAGGAACAGCCUGGAGAAGAGAGACAAACUCAUCGAGCAAAUCCUGUUGGAUGCUGAGGAGCGGGACCAUCUGUUCAGAGAGCUGCAGCAGAACCUGCAGAACAAACGUGAACCUCUGACUGGCAUCAAACACACACUGUGACCAAGGACGACUACUGUACUGACAAGAUGCAAACUAACUGCACAGAAACCGGAAGACUACUUUUGCACUUUCUGCACCAGCGUUUUGUUGCCUCUUGAGUAUAUUUAUCGUGGUGUAGUCUAUUUAUGUUUAUCUCUCUACCUUGUGUGAGGUUUGCAUUUGCAGACCUGUCAUGUUUUGGCAAUUUUCCACAAUUACUACUUAACUCUCUGGAGUGAAUCAGUAAUUUCAGACUUCAGAGAGUCAGACAGUCUGAUUGUUUUCAUUAGGAGGUCUAGCUUCUUUCAGCUAGAUGUUUAAUACUUGAUUUACAUUUAAGUUAAUUUAGUUUGAAUGUAAUGGGUCUAAUGGUUAGGCAGUGAUUAGAUUUCAUUUCAUGUAGUGGGAUUGCUGACACGAACAUUUCUGAAUGGUAUGAUUGUUGGUGGAUCUGAGUAUCAUUUAUUAUGUCCUUCAGGACAGGAGCGAGUACAAUAUUGCUUUAAAUCUGAAUUUAGCUUUGUGUGUAAUAUGAAGCUUUUUGUCUUUACUGUGUUUGUCUUUUCACUUUCUCGGUACAGAACUGUAAUUUGUUUGUUUACAGUGCUUUCUUAGCACUCAUGGAGGGGAACACUUAGGACCAAAAUAACAUUUUACCUGCUUUUAUUUUCUGCUUUUAUGCAUUUCCCUUUUUUUUUUUUUUUUUUUUUUGAACAGUUUUCAAUGAUCUUCAAUGUUUACAUGUCUUGGAUUGGUUUUUUUUCUGGGGCUUAUUACUGGAAAAAUGUUCUUUUUAGCUCAAGAGAAUUAAACUCUCUGAUCCAAAUUA